GGCGUUCCGGCCCGCCUCCACCUUAAAUGGUCGGUCUGUCAUAUCAACAUGUAGUUACAUCUUCUUUCUUCGUGAAAGUGAAACAGUUCUGCAUUUAUUUGGGGACAAACUGAGCGGGAAAGCGGAACCUCGGCGGCCUGUGGUGCGUUCACGUCCGCCGGUAUCAUGGCUGCGCUGCGUUCACUGCUGCUGAGCUUUGUGGUUGUUGUAACGGCUUCCGCGGGACCACCGAGACGCCGCGUGACCCUGAACGGGGAAGGGUCUCCGUGGGAUACCCCCGAAGACGCGGUCAGUUUGAAUAAGAGCCCGACCUCGCAGCCCGGUCCGGAGCCCGGAGACCCCGCCGAUGCGUUCACGGUCCCGACUCUGGACGGCCGGUUCUCCUACAAACCCGGCGCCCAGCGGGGAGCCGUGGUCAUCCACGCCUUCACCAACAAGUCCGGGUUCCUGGAGGCUCUGUGGAGCUCCGAGUCGUCGCUGCGCCGCCUGGUGGACGGUCUGCCGCGGCGCACGCACGUGCUGUUCCUGUCUCUGGACGACUCCGCGGUCACGGACGCGCUGUGGAUGCGGGAGCAGCUGCGACGAGCCGCCGUCCGCAGGAAGGAGGUUCUGACCCGGCUGCACUUCUCCCCGGUGCCGGUCUUCGCUCUGGGUAACUGGAUCCCCAAUGUCCUGUAUUACUGGGGCUGCUCGGGGCACAACUGUGGUCUGGAUCAGGCCGUCUUCACCUCUCAGGGAUGGAGGAUGCCCAUCGUCGUCAAGAGGCUGGACGCCAGAUAUGAUUGGCUGAUAGGUCGCUGGCGCUCGCGGCCCUACAGGCUGGUCGAUGCAGGAGACGCGUGCCGACCUUCGCGUUCGAUAGCGGGGGCUGUCGCCUGGGUGUCUCAGGGAAACUGCUCCUACUUCAUGAAGGUCCAGAACAUGGCCAAAGCCGGCGCCGCAGGGGUCCUCGUCUAUUCCCUCCCGGAUAAUCCCAUCCAGGACAUGAACUGCGUCGGGGACGAAUGUUUCCAGGAGAUCCCCAUCCCGGCUUCCAUGGUGCACCUGGAGGUCGGGGUCGCUCAGGCUUUGAGACUGGGACGGGCCGUGAACGUCUCCUUCCAGAACACCCCCUCCCCCAACUUCUUCGUCGGCAUCGACCAGCAGGGGGCGCUGGCCGAGGUGGGCUGGUUCCUGUACCCCAGCUUCAGAUUCUUGAACUGGCAGGCUCAGUGGUUCGAUUUCUCCGCCGACCUGCAGAUCAAACUUCAAAGUCCGGCCCAAGUGGUUUCUGUUUUUGACAAAGUCCUGAUGCAGGGAGAGAGAGGAGCUGUGGCCACGGUCGACCUGCCGCCAGACGUCUGGGAGUUCAGGACGCUGCAGCUGGACGCCUCGCUGUCGUGUCCCGGCCGGAGAGACUCGUCCUGCCCCCCCUGGGAUCACACGGUGCAGCUGCUGGUGUGCUGCGACCCCCUCAGUCCGUUCUGCAACACGGAGCUGGGCCGCUGGAUCACAGCGUUCCGCAGAGGCAGCGGCCGCUGGCUGACGGACGUCUCUCCGCUGCUCCCCCUGCUGGAUAGCAGCAGCAGCUGCACCUUCACCAUGAAGACGGUUCCGUGGGCCAAACCCUGGAUCGUCUCCCUCAACCUGAGAUUCAGCGACGGCAAUCAGACCGGAGAGGAGAAGCUCCGCCCCUUCAUGGUUCAGUCUCUGUACGGCGGAGGAACGUUUGACCGAAACUACAACAAGAGGUUCCAGCCCGUGAGGUUCUCGGUUCCUCCGUCAACCAGAAAGGUGGAGCUGCUCGCCACCAUCACGGGACACGGCAGCGACGAGAACGGCUGCGGGGAGUUCUGCGUCACCUCGCAUCACUUCCUGAUCAACGGCGUUCACAACAACAGCCUCGUGUUUGAUUCGGCAGGUUCCGCUCUGGGCUGCGCCCUGCGGGUCCGAGAGGGAGCGGUGCCGAACGAGCACGGCACGUGGCUGUACGGGCGAGGCGGCUGGUGCGACGGCCUGCAGGUCGACCCCUGGAGGACGGACGUCACCCAGCAGGUGGACUUCAGCGGACAGGAGUCCAACAUCAUCACCUACUUUGGGCUGUUUGAAGGGAAGGAUCCGGAUCCCGCUCAGGAGCCCGGAUACAUCAUCAUGUCUUCAUUUCUUAUCUUCUACAAGUGAUGCUGCUUCAAAAGGACCAAUGAAUCAUCGAUUAUUGUUGCACUGAAUGUAAAUGAAACAUUAAAUUUCUGUUUUUUUAUCUUA